AUGCCACUAAGAAGUCGAGUUGAUCAACGAUGGAUAAUACUGAUGGAUGAAUCACCCAUGUAUCUCCUCUCCUCAUCCCAGGAAACAUCAAAUUAUGAUGGUCUAUUCAACUGGACUAUGACCUAUCGAAUGAACAGUGAUGUACCUGUUCCAUAUGGCAGAACAUUAAAGAAGGAAUCAAUAAAUUUUCAGUACUAUCCAUGGAUUUCCAAGCCGUUUUGGAAAACCAACAUGAUGAGUUCCAAAACUAAGCUACUUGCUGUGAUGAUCAGCCAUUGUGAUAGCAAGAAUCAACGGCUAAAGUAUGUAGAAGCACUUAAAUCAUUGCUACAGGACCGUUUGGAAAUAAUUGGUCACUGCAUGAAUGGCAAUAGUACCGUUUGUCCAUAUCAUUUCACCAAGGACUGUUCAGUUUUAAGUUCAUACAAAUUCUACCUUUCAUUCGAGAACUCCAAUUGCCGUGAAUACAUAACGGAGAAGGUGUUCUGGAAUGCGUUUCACAAGUACGCAGUCCCAAUAAUAAUGGGAGCGCCGUUAGAGGACUGCCAACGGUUGUUACCACCAAGCUCUUACCUUCAUGUGGACAAUUUUCAUAAUGCGAACAUGCUCGUUAAAUACCUUCAUUAUUUGGAUCGCGAUAAUGAACGAUAUCUGAAGUAUCAUGAAUGGCGUGACAACUAUAUAUUGCUUAACGAGCACGGGUACUUCGGUAGCGCAUCCAAGCACUACUGUCGCGUUUGCGAGGCUUUAAAUUACAAUCCCAACACAGUGAAGGUUUAUAAGAAGCUUGAUAAUUUUUGGAACAAGGAUAGGGAUUGCAUCUCAUUAUUAUAAUACUCAUUUUAACUCUGUUUAACUACUCUACUGAUUUUUAUUGCACAUAUUGAAUAUAAAUGUAAAUAU